ACUUCACGCGCGCAGGCGGUUAUAGUUCAAAUUUGGCUGAAUCUCUACAGUUUUUUAUUUAGUUUCUACAAGUGUGUUUUUCAGGCCUAGUGAGUUUUCCUUCAAAAUCAUGGCAGAAGGAGGUGAUGAGUGGGAACUGUGCAAAGAAAAUGUCCAGCCUUUAAAACAGGGCAGAACAAUUUCAGCUCUACAAGAAGCCCUCUCGCAACAAGAAGGAGCAAGCCAUUCUCCGAUUCAUCAGCAACAGCAAGCCUAUGAGACAGAAAUCCGGUUUUACAAUGGUGAUGAUCCUCUUGAUGUUUGGGAUAGGUACAUUAAAUGGACUCAGCAGGUGUUUCCUCAAGGUGGCAAAGAUAGUAAUCUGUCAACAUUACUUGAAAGAGCUGUCAUGACUUUUAAAAAUGAGACCAAAUACUUUGGUGACCAUCGCUAUCUUAAUCUGUGGAUUAAAUAUGCAGAAUUCUGCAGCCAACCUUUGGAUUUAUAUUCUUAUGUGCAUAGUCAAGGAAUUGGAACCCAGCUUGCUGCCCUUUACAUAUCAUGGGCAGAAGAAUAUGAAAGCCAAGGCAACGUAAAAAGGGCUGAUGCCAUUUUUCAGGAGGGUCUGAAAUGCAAAGCAGAACCGUCUGAUAAACUUCAGUAUCAUUUCAGAAACUUCCAGGCGCGAUUGUCCCGACAAAUCAUGUCUAGUAUGGCUGAAAGCUACUCAGAUGAUAUUGAGAGUAAUCCAGAUGGAGAGUUAAACAGAGCCUCUCUUGCUGAGUUGAAAUUUAAAGGAAAGAAAAAGGCAACAGUUCCAGUUAAUCGAACAGGACCAUCAUUAAAAAGCCAUGCUCGUGGCUUAAGUUUGCAAGGAUCUAAUCUAGUCCGGAAUCAGCAGAAGUCCUCUCUGCCUGUUUUCGAUGAAAACGAGGUGGUGCCGACCGAGUCUGAGAGUAUAAACCGAGAAUCUUGGAUCGCACCUCCUAGCAUCAGAGAAAAAGAGAAUGAGGAGGAUCCCAGAAAAUGGAGCAAAACAAAGCUUUCAGGUGCUGCAUGUUCAGCUACUACUUCUCUAAAUAACAAGACUGAUUUUGUUCCAUUUGUGGAGGAGUCGGAUCAGUUGUCUGUUAUAACGCCAUGUAAAAUCAAUCCAUCUGUGAAUAAUGUACUAUCUGCACGUAAACCUGGAAAAAAUGAAGACUUGCUUGAGAAGGUUCAAGUUGAACCAAAGGAGGAAGGAGACAUUAAAGUUAUGUAUUGUAAACAACUACUGUAUGGUGGUGCCAGUGAAUUCUGCUUUGAAGAGGUCAGAGCAGAACUUUUCAGAAAGAAAGCAUUUUCUGCACUAGAUGAAAAAAAUGAAAAAAUGCGGCGGGAAAUAGAAGAGAAGCAAAAACUUGUGCAGCAGUUGCUAGCUAAAAGGCAGCUGGACACUUCCAAGGUAUUGCCUGAACGCAGUCAAAGUGAACCAGGUUGUGUGUCAAGUACACAAGCACCAAAAGUAAACUUAAAUGACCAGAGAACCUACGAAGAGCCAGAGUUUGGUGCCUUCCCAACACCCAGGGAUGUCAAGUCUAUGGAUUUCUUAAAAGAAGAGGCUUCUUGUGAAGAUCAAUGUUUAAGUGAUGGAGAUGUUUUUUUGCCGCCACAUUAUUUGGAUGAUUUGGUAGUGGCUGAAUGCUUUCAAGGUGGUUAUACUGAACCAGUUACUGGGGUCUCUGCAUCCUUUACAAUUUUUGAUGAAAAGGAAGCAACAGAGUCCAAAACAAAUUGCAAGCCCACAGUUUCAACAGCUUUGAAUAAUGUUCUAAAGCCUGUAGAAUAUGUUUCCUCUGCACCACCAACGGACCAGGCAAAUGUUCAAGAAGAAAUUGAGCAUAUGAACGAAGAUGGCAUUUUAAGCAGCUGUCGUAACACAACCUUUUGUCCCAGUCUGGACAACACAAUUGAGUUUAUUACUGCUGCCAAGCUAAUGUCAACGCCAUUUUGUGGGAUACCUAUGGAAAGAACCAAUGUAUGCACAGAAAACUCUGUCUGUGAAGAAGUUACAGCAAGCUACAAUAAUCCUAUCAAAGUUGCAACCCCAGAAGUUAAAGACUCUGAGUUUAUACAGGCCCUCAUGAUUAAAAAACUCAGUCCAAUUAUGGAAGCCAGCUUGGAAGAUGUCCGUUUAUCUGUUUCUUCAGGCUCCUCCACUUCCUCCAUUGCCAGGUUAUCUUCCAUCAAAGAGAUGACUGUCACUGAGGAAACUCUGUAUGGAGAGUCUACAUGUGAAAAAAGAAGUUGCAGUGAAAGUGACAGGAUGCCAGGAAAUUUGUUUGAAGGCAGUUGGAGCACAGAAGUCAGAAACCAGCUUUUGUCAAAUAUAUCCACACCUCUUGGUUCCUACCCAGGAUUUCAUACUGAAAUUGGAAAAAUGCCUAUGGUACAGGAGAGUUGUGAAUUGUGUUUAGGAGAUGAAGUGUUCAGAAUUGAAAAGGAGGCUUUCACUACUGACAAUGCAAAGAUUUUUUUUGGGCAGCUCAAAACCGGUGGUGAGGAUUACAGACAUGUACUCGUUAAAGUUGAAUAUGAGCCUUUGGCAUGGGAUUUCUACAUUGACUCUCAGAUAAAAGAUCGUCUAGGAGACCAUUCGGAGAAAUAUUUUGGUGACGACUGCUGCUGUUUCUUGUAUAAGAAUGGCUGCCUGACUAUCUACUCUACACAAAACACAUCUCGAUUACAGGAUCUUAUUCUAAAUAGACCUAGCCAGGAUCUUAUUGCCUUUUUUACAAUGAAUCUUCUCAAAAUGGUAGAGCAGAUGCACAAUUGCCAAAUGGUCCAUGGAGACAUCAGCCUUGAAACGUUACUUGUAAAAGAAGAUCCGGGUAGUGCUGGUGUCCUUAAAGUAGCAGAUUUCUCCUAUUGUGUGGACCUAACUCUGCAGCCUGAAGUUACUUGUCUAAGUGGAUUUCGAGCAAUUCGAAACAUUCAGAGUCGGGACAUCAUGGAAGAAUGUGCAAGUCUUUAUCAGGUUGACCUCCUUGGCAUUGCAAAUACGGUGUACAAAAUGUUAAAAGGGAGAAAUAUACAAAUACUCAAAGAUGAUUCAGGACUAAAGGUAGUACAGGAAGAUGAGGAAGAUUUGAAAGAUAAUGAUGAAAAGAGCAGUGUGUGGUAUGAUUUCUUUAAGAAGAUUCUCAAUCCUGGCACCAGCUCUACUGUUACUGUUCUGUCUGAACUGUACUUUGAGGUUGAAAGUGCCUUUAAAGACAGCCUGCUAAUGACCCUGGUCCUGUACAGCGAUUAUGACUGAUUUUUCUAGCCCACAUCUUUGUAUAGUUUAUUUUAAAGUUUAAUUUAUGUUCCUAUUUCAAUAUAGAAGUGUGUGCCUAUGUAUUCUGUAAAAAUAAUAAAAGUAAAAUGUAUAUGUUGCUACUA